ACCAGUGUAUGAGAAUAAAGAUUUUAGGAGAUUGUUACUAUUGUGUUUCGGGAUUACCAGUUUCAAGACCCAAUCAUGCCUACAAUUGUGUUAAGAUGGGAUUAGAGAUGAUCGAUGCUAUUAAAGUUGUUCGCGAAGUUACCGAGAUAAAUGUUGAUAUGAGGAUAGGAGUUCAUACUGGUAACGUUUUAUGUGGAGUAUUAGGACUAAGAAAGUGGCAAUUUGAUGUGUGGUCUGAUGACGUUACUUUAGCUAACCACAUGGAAGCGGGUGGAGUACCCGGGUAA